GAUAUUUUCUACUCACCCCAUUCCCUUGCGCUUUUUUUUUUGGACGAUCCCCUGAAACAGAUUCAGGGUGCGCCGUCGCAAUGUCGGAAUUCGAAACAACAAACAAGUCUGCUGAGGCUAAGCCUAAGCCGGAGAGAUUGCCUGUCACCGUGUCGAAACCUACUCCCUAUACUUUCGACCUCGGCCAUCUCCUCGCCAACGAUCCCAACCCCGUUGAAAUCUCUCGUUCCGAACCGCUGAACGCUUCCCUGAAGGCCACGGCCCGCGACGGCGUUCAAUCGCUAUUGAACCAACUCUUGACGACUUGCCCCAUUACCUCUUCCCAACAAGGUGUUCUCUUGACGCUUCCUUCCCCUGCGACCGCUCUGCCCCGCCAUAAGCCGCUGCCCACGCCCAAGCCGCCGACCAAAUGGGAGCUGUUUGCGCGCAAGAAGGGUAUUGGCAAGUACAGUGCUAAGCCUGGCGCUGCGCUAGCAGACAAGGAGCGUCGCAAGAAGAUGGUCUACGACGAAGAGAAGGGCGAUUGGGUGCCGCGCUGGGGUUACAAGGGUAACAACAAGUCGGACGACGAUUGGCUGGUCGAGGUAAACGAGAAGGACUGGAAGAAGGAAGAGAAUGCUGCCGCCCAAGGAAGCUCAAUCCGUGGCCUGUCUCGUGCGGACCGCAAGGACAGAAUCCGCCGAAACGAGAGGAAGAUGCGGUCCAACGAGCGGAAGACGAGGAAACCCGGGAGCGGGUGAGAAUGAAGAAAGAAGGGUGGAAGAAAAAAAAAAGUAGAUGAUGGAUUAAUUCGGCAGUCAAGACUUCUUUGUUGAACUUCGGCUUGUUCUUACAUCACUGGAAUUCUGGGCUUAUUAAGGCGUUUGGUUUGGGAGUCGCCGGUCUUGGAUGUCAAAUCUUGCCUGUAUGGAUUACCUACUGCAAAACAAAAAAAAAAGAAAAAGCAAUGUCAUCGUUACACGCAGUUCUCGGCCAAAAGACCAGAAUUCCCUUACAUAUUUAUGAUUUAUUCCGUUCUAUAGGUUAUGUCAG